GGUAGCCAGGGGUGGGCUGGGAGGUCUCGGGGUAUUUUUCUCUAUUUUCUGCGGGGGAACCCCGGCCGGCUUUGCUGCUCUCGAGUCUGCCCUCCUAACCUGUCGUUGGAGCCUACGUCCCCCAGGUUUUUUCGGGACUAAGAUUGUUGCUUUUGUCCCACCGGCUCCCCUUCUUAGCUCUUAUCUUGCCCGGCGCUGCGAGGCUUCUUGGGCGAGUUCCUAAUGGCGGACCUGGAGCUAGUCGCCAACUGCCCGCAGACAAACCUCGGGUCCAGGGCCACUACUUGCCGCAAAUGCUGCUCAACCGUGACGACCCGGAAUCACCUUCAGGGCAAUUUGGUGAAGCUUUGGCAGAAAUUAAUACAGAAAAUAUCUCUAUUGUUCUUUGGCAUGGAUGAUUUUUCAGUGGGAGGAUUAGAAUUGACCAACCAGAUUCCUGCUUUGUUAGGGAGUACGGCCAUGGCAGCUAAACUCAUGGACAUAGAAAAUACACGUGGUGAUCCAGUUAGUCCUUUAGUAAAUAGAUCUAGAAACUCAUCAGUGGAAGAUGAUGAUGAUGUUGUGUUUAUUGAAUCUGUACAACCUCCUUCAAUUUCUACAAUAGCCGAUCAAAGAAAUUUUAUAUUGGCAUCAUCAAAACAUGAAAAACCACAAGGAAAUCAUUCCAUGUUCCUGACGCCUUCAAAAGAUUUGGCUUCUCAGAAGGGAAGUAUGUGUGAGACAAUUGUUAUUGAUGAUGAAGAGGACAUAGAAACAAAUGGAGGAGAGGAGAAAAAUUCUUCCAAUUUUACUGAGUGGGGACUUCCUGCAACUAAAAAUAAUACCAAAGAUUUGGAUUUCUCCACUUCAAGUCUUUCAAGAAGUAAGACCAAGACUGGAGUAAGACCUUUUAAUCCUGGUAGAAUGAAUGUGGCAGUAGAUGUAUUUCAGAAUGGAGGAUUUCCAACUCAUCAUAAUCCUGAUUCUUGGAUCUCCCAGUCAGCAUCAUUUCCCCGUAACCAGAAACAGCCAGGGGUGGAUUCUUUAUAUCCAGUGGCCUUACUUCCUAAUCAGAAUUUCCAGCCUCCAGCCCAACAAAAACUUACUAAACCAGCUAAAAUCACUUGUGCAAACUGCAAAAAACCUUUACAGAAGGGACAGACAGCUUAUCAACGAAAAGGAUCUGCUCACCUCUUCUGUUCUACCACCUGCCUUUCUUCCUUCUCUCAUAAACGUGCUCGAAAGACACGAAAUGUUACAUGUAAAAAAGAUGCACCUACAAAGAAGGCUACUAUUGUUACUCCAGUAGAAUCAAGCAAAUCCUUCCAAGAAUUUUGUUGUACAUCUUUGUCUCCCUAUGAAGACAACCAGAAUCUUAGAAAAGGAUUUUUUAAUAAGUCAAGAUGUACAAUCUGUAGUAAAUUAACAGAGAUUCGUCAUGAAGUCAGUGUUAAUAAUGUAACACACAAGCUAUGCAGCAACCAUUGCUUUAAUAAGUACAGAUUGGCCAAUGGUCUAAUAAUGAACUGCUGUGAACAGUGUGGAGAGUAUAUGCCCAAUAAAAAUGCUGGAAACAAUAUCCUGAUUGGAGGUCAACAGAAGCGAUUUUGUUCCCAAAGUUGUGUUAAUGAAUAUAAAGAGAUGACAGAAGCAAAAUCAAAAGCAUCAGCAUUAGAAAACAGAAAAAGGAAUGCCAUCAGAGAAGAAAAUGAAAGAAAAUUAUAUGGAUCAUCAAAUACACUUUUGGAAAAAAUAGAAGGAAUACCAGAAAAAAAGGAAAAGAGUUUGGAACUACAGGUUUCAGCAGAAUGUACCCCAGAUACAUUACUGAACAAACAGAAUGUGAAUUUACUUUCUUCCAUGUCAGCCAUAGCUGAUAAAUUUCAAGAGCAACUGGAAAACAAAACUUCAGAAGAUUCCAUUAUACCAGUUGUGCUUUCUGCAGAUCCAGGUACAUGGCCCCGAAUUCUGAAUAUUAAACAACGGGAUACUCUUGUUGAAAAUGAUCCACCUCAAGUAAGAAAUUUUAACUUUCCAAAAGACAAUACAGGGAGAAAGUUUUCAGAAACUUAUUAUACACGAAUUCUUCCAAGUGGUGAAAAAGCAACUAGAUCCUGGCUACUUUAUUCAACCUCAAAAGAUUCUGUGUUUUGCCUGUAUUGCAAACUCUUUGGAGAAGGAAAAAAUCAAUUGAAAAAUGAGAAUGGAUGCAAAGAUUGGCAGCAUUUAUCACAUAUUCUUAGUAAACAUGAAGAAAGUGAAAUGCACAUCAAUAAUAGUGUUAAGUAUUCAAAAUUAAAAUCUGAUUUGAAAAAAAAUAAAACUAAUGAAGCUGGAAAACAUAGAUUCUAUGAAGAUGAGAAGAAUGAUGGUGUACAGCUGUUGUAUACUUAACAUACCUGAUUUGGAUUUUGACAUGACAGUGUCUUAGCAUUACUCAGAAAAGAGCUGUACCAUAAGUUAGUACCCUUAAGUUGUGAGUCUCCUAUACAGAGUAACUUACAACAGUUCAUUAGCAAUAAGUAUAAUAGCAAAUAGUCAAGAAUGUUCCUAUUCAUAUCUACAACUAAUUGGAUUCAGUAGUUAUUAUCGCAGAUUUUACUAAGUAUAGUUUUCAAUUGUCAGUCUGUCAAUUCUCAUGUUUUUAAAAUUGAUAUUUAAGAAGUGUCAUGUUUACAAGGAGUUUAAUAUUCCUGGUUACUAUGAAAAAGAAAGGAAAGACUUGAAAUUAUUAAUGCCAUUUUGAAUAAGAUACCUGUGUGAACAAUCAUUGUCAUUAAAGUAAAAACAUUGUUUAAGAACAGAAUGGAAUCUGAAACUACAGCUUUUUACUGUUAAACCAAAUAUUUGAUUUAUUUCUUUUGAACAAAACAUUUUUCUAUCUGAGCAAAACAGCAUUAUUUCUUAUAUUAAAUAAAUUAAGAUGACUAAUUUGCA